UCUCUCAGGUGAACAGUCUUAUAAAUACAUUGGGCGGUAACUUUUUCAUGAUUGUGCAAGGAGAAAAUUGAUAAGUGGGAGAAAGAAGGCCGCUGCUUUGCACAUUUAGAACACCUUGAACAUGACUGGUCGUGCAAGAGCAAGGUCAAGGGGCCGUGCGCGUGGCAUAGAAACGGCGACGCCUGGAGUGUCCCAGGAGCACGUGGUGCCCAGCGCCGGGUCUGGUGAUGGGGACCUUCUUGGAAGAGGUAGACAAAAGGGGCCUCCAGGACCAGGGGCAACUGACGCUAUUUUACAGAUCUCUGCAGGGUUCCACGCGGUGAAGUUUGGGGAUAGAGGUGGACGCCGUGGAGAUUUCCACGAUGAAGGGAUCUGCACCAGGCAGGCGAUGGAGCACGUCAAGGCAUCAAAGUCUGGUAACUCUGGCCGAUCCAUCGCGUUGAGGGCCAACUUUUUCGCCAUCACGGCACGGCCUCAGUGGGUGCUGUACCAAUACCAUGUUGACUACCAGCCCCCCAUGGAGGCCCGCAGGCUGCGCUCCGCUCUACUGUACCAUCACAGUGAUUUGCUUGGUACGGCACGCAGCUUCGACGGAGCAAUCCUCUUCCUGCCCCACAAGUUACCCAACAAGGAGACGGUGGUCCACAGUGAGACCAGGCAUGGAGAGAAGGUUCAGAUCAAGAUAACUCUAACGAAUGAGCUGCCACCAUCUUCGCCGGUAUGCCUGCAGUUCUACAACAUCAUCUUCAGAAGGAUCCUGAGGAUGCUGGACAUGCAGCAGAUCGGGCGCCAUUACUACCAGCCCAAAGACCCACUCAGCAUCCCACAGCACCGGCUGACCAUCUGGCCAGGCUUCACCACCACCAUCCUGCAGUACGAGUCCAGCAUCAUGCUGUGUACCGACGUCAGCCACAAGGUUCUGCGCAGUGAGACGGUACUGGACUUCAUGGUCAGUCUGAGACAGCAGUGCGGACCCCAGCGCUUCCCUGAGAUAUGUGCCAAGGAGCUCAUUGGACUCGUGGUCCUCACCAAAUACAACAACAAGACCUACAGGAUUGAUGACAUUGCAUGGGAUCACACCCCCAACAACACGUUCACGAGAGGAGACACAGAGAUCUCCUUUAAGAACUACUACAAGACGCAAUAUACACUGGACAUCACUGACUGCAACCAGGUGCUCCUGAUCAGCCAUGUGAAGAGGCUGGGUCCUGCAGGGGCUGCCCCCCCUGGGCCGGCCAUGCUUGUUCCGGAGUUCUGCUAUCUCACAGGUCUAACUGAUAAGAUGCGAUCGGACUUCAACAUCAUGAAGGAAUUGGCUGUCCACACCAGACUGAGCCCAGACCAGAGGGAGGUCCGCCUCAACAGAUUUGUCAACAGCAUUGAAAAGAAUGAUGAAGCACAGAAGGAGCUGACCACCUGGGGGCUCAAAUUCGAUAAGGAGCUCCUGAAUCUGACUGGGAGAAUCCUCCCAGCUGAGAAGAUGAUCCAGGGAUCGCGCUCGUACGACUACAACCCGUGGCAGGCGGACUGGUCCAAGGAGAUGCGUGGGUUACCGGUGAUCAGCGCUCCUCCCCUGGAGAACUGGAUCAUGUUCUACACCCGUCGCAACGCCAACGACGCCCAGAACCUGCUGCAGAGCCUGAACAAGGUCUCUGGUCCUCUGGGGAUCCGCAGCCAAAAACCAAUCAUGGUGGAGUAUGAAGACUACCAGGAGUCGCUCCUCAAAGCACUGCAGCACAACGUUGGACCUCAGACCCAAAUGGUGGUCGUGGUCCUGCCCAGUAACAGGAAAGACAAGUACGAUAGUGUGAAGAAGUACCUCUGUGUGGACUGUCCCACCCCCAGCCAGUGUGUGGUUGGUCGGACUCUGAGCCGACCCGCUGCGCUGAUGACCGUUGCUACCAAGAUCGCCCUGCAGAUGGCCUGCAAGAUGGGGGGAGAGCUCUGGAGCGUGGAGAUACCUCUCAAGCAGCUAAUGAUUGUGGGAAUCGACUGUUACCAUGACAUAGUUGCUGGUAGGAGAUCCAUCGGAGCUCUGGUCGCCAGCCUCAACCACGGGAUGUCACGGUGGUUCUCGAGGUGCGUGCUCCAGGACAAGGGACAGGAGAUCAUGGACGGUCUGAAGAUGGCCAUAGUGGGUGCGCUGAAGGAAUACCUGAAGUUCAACGGCGUCCUGCCGUCGCGUAUCAUCGUGUACAGAGACGGCGUGGGCGACGGCAUGUUGCAGAGUGUCGUUAGCUACGAGGUUCCCCAGAUCAUCGAGUCCAUAAGAUCCAUUGGGCAGGACUACUUGCCCAAGCUGACCGUGGUGGUGGUGAAGAAGCGUGUGAGCAGCAGGUUCUUCGCUCACAUCGAUGGUAAAGUGGCCAACCCUCCCCCAGGGACUGUCAUCGACACAGACGUGACGCGCCCGGAGUGGUACGACUUCUACAUCGUGAGCCAGGCAGUCCGCGCGGGCAGUGUCUCCCCGACGCACUACAACGUGGUGUACGACACGAGCGGGCUAAAGCCGGAUCACUUGCAGAGGCUGACGUACAAGCUCUGUCACAUGUAUUACAACUGGCAGGGAAUUAUUCGGGUGCCGGCGCCGUGUCAGUACGCCCACAAGCUGGCCUUCCUGGUGGGACAGAGCAUCCACAGGGAGCCCAGCAUGAAGCUAGAGGACUACCUCUUCUACCUUUGAGUCACAUGGACAAGGCCCUGCUUAUGUUAUCCUGUUCAUUCAGUUCAAUUUGUGUUUAGAUUAAGUGAUGCAUUGGUAGCCUCAGCUCCUCAUUUGAUGAUACUUUUCGGAUCACUGGACUGCUUCACAUGGUGUCAGGAGUGCAUCUUUAGGCAUAGAAUGUUUUGUUUCCUAAUGUGAAAGAAGCCAGUGAUACUUUGGUUUGAUUAUAUAUUUGAAUAUAUAAAUAUAGGUUUCCAGUUAAAUACAAUUUUAUGUAAAUGUAUUGGCUAUGUAAAUGCUUAACUUGGCAUAAAAAGUCUGUUCUCCAAGA